GGCGUUCCCCGCUCGGCCGCUGCCCCUGGCCGGCAGCCGCCGCCAGCAGCAACAGGUCCGUGCCCGCUCCUCCCUCCGCCUGCCAGGCGAACAAAGGGGCUGAGCGCGGCCCCGCGCCCGCCCGGCCCCUCCGCCAGCCCGGCCCCCGCGCUUCAGCCAUUUGCCUCGCCUGGCAUCGCCGCGCUGCCUGCGCGGGGCCGUGCGCGGCGGGAGCGCCCCGAGAGGGGGAAUGCAUAUGAGGAACACCGAUAUGAAGAGAACUUCCUGAAGGUCAUGCAAAGUCAAAUUUGGCUAGUGGGGAAUCGCCUUGCAGAAUAGACUGCAGCCUCAGCCUUCCAGUGAAACAUUUGCACAAGGUGAUGGCCGCGCCGCGGCGGCCGGCAGCGCUGCGCACGGAGCGGGCGCGGCGCAGGUAGCGCGGCUCCAUGGAGGGCAGCGGCGCGGCCCCGGAGGAGGAGGAGAGCGGGGCCGCGGACGGCGCUCCCCCCCCGCCGCCGCCGCCCACGCCGGCCGCCCCCUGCGGCUUCAGCUCCUCCCUCUGCUUCAGCGGCGCCGCUGCCGAGCCGCAGCCGCCCGCGGCCGGCGGCAGAGUGGUGCAGAACCAGUGGGAGAUCAACAACGCCGCCUGCCAGCCGGAGGAGGAGGAUGAGGAGGUGGUGGGGCCGCGGGACCGGCCGCCGGAGGAGCCCGACCUGGUGAUCGAGGUGUCGGGCCGCCGUAUUCGGGCGCACAAGUCGGUGCUGGCGGCCAAAAGUGACUAUUUUCGUGCCCGCGCCUCACGGGACGUCCUGCGGGUGAAGGGGGUGAGCUACGGGGCGCUGCGGCUGCUCAUCGACUACGUGUACACGGCCCGCAUGGGCGAGGUGCGGCACGACAACCUGGCCGAGGUGGUGAGCGGCGCCCGCGUCCUGCAGAUGCCCUGUGCCCUGCACUGUGCCGCCGAGGCCAUGCGCGCCCAGCUCUGCCUCGGCAACUGCUACCAGCUCCUCUGCCUGGCCAAGAAGCAGCGGCUGGCGGAGCUGCGGGAGGCUGCCUAUCGCUUCAUGAGCGACCAUUACCUGGAGGUGCUGCGGGAGCCCAGCGUUUACGGCCGCCUCAGUGGCGCUGAGCGGGACCUCAUCCUGCAGCAGCGCAUGGAUGCCGGCCGGCCCUGCUUGCUGGUGGCCGAGGUCAGCGACGCCUUCGAGCGGCCGGGUGGUGGCAGCCGGCCACAGAGCCGCGAGAGCAGUCGGCCACAGAGUCCCUCCUCCGUGGUGUCUCUGGAGGAGAGUGGCUCCCUCAUUCACUACUACCAGGAGGGCAGCGGUGAGUGGAGGGUGCUGACGUGCCUGCCCGAGGAGGCCAAUGCCAAGGGCUGUGCCAUGUGUGUCCUCCACAACUACCUCUUCCUUGCAGGGGGCAUUGUGACUGGGCCGGUGGGCAGCGAGCCCAGGGCCCGCCUUUCCGACAAGGUCUUCUGCUACAACCCCCUGACUGACACCUGGAGCCAGGUGCGGCCACUGGCUCAGCCCCGCUCGCAGCUCAAGCUGCUGGCCCUGGAUGGUUACCUCUAUGCUGUGGGGGGCGAGUGCCUCUUCACUGUGGAAAGGUACGACCCGCGGGCCGACCGCUGGAGCCCUGUGGCACCUCUGCCCAAGGGUGCCUUUGCUGUGGCUCACGAGGCCACCACUUGCAACGGGGAGAUCUAUGUGUCAGGAGGCUCCCUCUUCUACCGCCUGCUCAAAUACGACCCCAAGCGUGACGAGUGGCAGGAGUGCCCUUACAACAGCAGCCGCCGGCGCUCCGCUGACAUGGUGGCCUUCAAGAGCUUCAUCUACCGCUUUGAUGUGAGCAGUGGCCGUGGUGGGGAGCAGGGCCCAGGCGGCGGCACGAGCGGCGGCGUUGAAGUUUUCCGGUACAACACGGUGGCCAAGUGCUGGAGCCAGUGCGCCAGCCUGCGGCCCAGCGGCGGCCCCAUCCAGCCCUUCCGCUGUGCUCCCUUGGGCAACACCAUCUACUGCGUCAACCGGACCGGCACCCUUCGCUUCAGCCUAGCCCAGGAUGGGGAGGUGGAAGCAGAUGGGGGGCUCAAGGGCACCUUUGAUGGGGAGCUUCUCAAAGCUCCCUUGGAUGCCAAGGGUGUCCUCCUACCCUUCGUGCUUACCCUGCCUGAGAGGCUGGACAAAACAGGGGACCAGGAGGGCUCCCUCCCACUGUAAGGCGGCCAGCCUGGCUCUGGCUUCCUGACAGGGGAGUUGGGUUGCAGAUCCGCAAACUCCCAUCUAUAGAGGGGAUCCUCUCUUGUUGUGUCUGCAGAGAAAAAUGACUUCCCCUUUCCUUCUCUCUACUAUCAAGAUGUUGAGCUGGUUUUAACUCAGUUGUAACUCUUCACAUGUUUGCUGGGCUUUGUGUGAAAAGCCAAGCACACAAAAGUAAAAGCUGCUAUAAAGGAUAAUCUCUGGAUUAUGUUUGUGCCAAUCCCCAAUCUGAGAAAAAUGUUUUUAAACCUGAAUUUCCAAAAUAUUCUUGACAACAGUGUCAUAAUGGGACAUGAGUGUUGGUUGUGUGUUUACACAUAGUUGCAAUCUGGGCUUGGAGCCUUUUCUGUCAUUUGUGGUUUUUUCCCCCUCUGGGAUUAUACUGAGGGAUAAACAUUGCUGGCAACAUAGUUUAGCUGCAUUUGUUUUCAUGUUAAACCAACUAUUUCCUGUGUUUAAAAACUAUAGGAAGAACAUCUCCAUCACAGCCUUUCAUUUCUGGUGCAAUAGAUGGUUUAAGGAAGCUGUGGCACUGUAUUAGUCCCAGGAAUUUCAACCACAGAUGAUUUAACAGAUACCAAACUCAAUGUUUUAAGUAACACAAAUGCGAGCCACAUGUUUUACUUGGAAUGAAAAGAAAAAAAAGUCAAGUUACCUUUCUAAAAUGUGGCAUUUUAUGGUAGAUAUGAAAUGUUGAUAUGUUCUUUAAUUGAAAAAGGCAAUGUUUCUGUAUGAAAAGAUACUGUUUUAUUACUUUUCUUGAUCAGAGAUUUUGAAUUAAAAAUGAACUGAAGCUGUUCAAAUUGCAACCAAUUGACAUUACCAUGUAUGCCACUAGAGCUGGGGAAAAACUUUGUACUUCAUAUGCUCUUUAAUUAACUGCAGGUCAAGGAAGGAUAACCUAAACCAACCUGUGGCAAAAGGCCUUUCCCACUUCUUUUCAAGACCAUCAAAAGGAGACAUGGAAAAUAGGAAUGUGCUACACAUAUUGAUUAUAUUGUGCUCUAGCAUGAUGUUACUUCCCUGUCUUUUGAUUGAGAGACUGCUUUAUUUAUUUUGAACUAAUGAUUGCUGUAAUCAAUAAGUCCUUGUUAAUUGCAGUACGUGCUGAUGCCGUACGCUGUCGUUGUGAUUCUAAACUGCCCAAGCGUGCUGUUUGUGGGGCAGCAUCCAAAUGUGGCAGAACCAUACAAAACUUCUUCCUGCCUGUGGGAAGUUGGAGCACACUUUUUGUCACGUUACUCAGAACUGGAAAACAUGAAAUGUCUACACAGACCGACUAUAUUGAAAAGGGCACAUGCAUUUAUUUUAUACAUUUUAUAUUUUAAAAAAAAUCAGUAGGCAAGGCAAAUGUUUUAGCUUUAUAGUAAAUCACUGGGAAACCUUUUCUGAAAAAAGGACCUGUGUUUUUGCUGGUACAAUGCUGUAUAUUCAGCAUGGAACUCGCAUAGACUGUGGAAGAGAAUUGUUUAUACUCAAAGCUCUAGUAUAGAUUCAUAUUUUAGAAAGACAUAGGGACCUUGCAUCGAAAAAAGCAGAUCUUUUUAUGUUUUAUUAAGAUGUUUUUGUUAAACAGGACUUUAGCAUUCGUACACAUAAUUGCUAGUUCCAAAGGAAGGCAGCAGGCUCUGUCCCACGAGACACCAUCUGUACAAAAGAGAAUAGUGAACUUCAUAGAUACUUCUUUCCUUCUCUUUAUUGUUUGGAGUUUUUUUCUCUUCUCGUUGUUGUUGCACAGGGUUUUAACGCAGCUGAUCUGGUUAGUCAUUCUACAGAAAACAGUGGUCCAGUCCUAGAAGUUCUUAGCCAAGUGAGCCUGUUCCCUAGUGAGCAAAUUAAAGCAUCAGCCAGGCAGGAGCUGUAGGCCUGUGGAGUGUGACAUUUAUCUUAGCCUCAGUACAGGCUGGUGCAGUGGAAUUUAACAUCCUUCACAGAAUAUUUGAUUUAAUUCUCAGAUGAGAAUCCUUGGAAAUAUUGACUCUAGAUUAAAUUACACCAUUGUAGCUUGAGCAGGAAAGAAAAAUUACAUGUUUGCUUUCAGCCUAAUUUUUAUGUUAACUGUAGAAAGUAUUUCAAGCUGUGUAAUGCAAGGCUUAGGUGCAUACUUAAACUAGAGAUGUAAGUGGUAGGCCAGAUUUUGAAAUCGUAGCAUCACCAGGAACACAAGGAAACAUCUGUUUUAUCUUGCAAUACGAGGAGACAAUUUCAUAGUUCAAGGAUUUACGUAGUAUAGUUCUUAUGCUACAGUGUAGUGAGGUGUCAAGGCAGGUUUUGCAUUUCUAUUAAUAAAGCAUUUUUAUUCUGCUAAUGCAUGAAAAUGCUCCUGAAUGAGUUUUGAGAAGUUUCCAUGGUUUAAGAUGUGACAAUAAUCCACAAAUUUUUGGGAUAGAAUGAAUCAUAUCCUUUCUUCCAGUAUUUAUUGCUGUACACUAUGAAGAAAUGCAUUUCUACAGUAAUAAGUGUUAAAAAAACCUGUAGUGUUUGUGUUUUUGCUAGCUCCUAUUUUAAAAAAAAGUUGAAUCACUUGAUUCAGUGAAAGCUUACCUGCUUUCACUGUGUACACAGUGUCAGUGGGGAGAGUCUGGGCUUCAUUAGUAGCUGUCUGUCAAAUCUGUUUCCUUUGUACACUGCAUAGUCACAGCCUGAUGAUUAACAGCAGAGCCAGAUUUCCUACUCUGUGGCCUCUGUUUCCUCCCUGGAAGGCCUGAGGCAGGUUUGCUGAGAAUUGUUUUCUCCCCCAAUUCUAUCUUCACAAACUCCCCCCGCCUCCAAACUAAAACCAUAAUUGAGAUAGUCUUCAGGCAUUUAAGGAUUGAAAAUGUCAUUCCAGAACUCUACAGUUUUACUUAAACCUAGCAACAACUGUCUCUUUGACAGUGGAGCUGCUGAGCACUUCCCCUCCACCCAUUUGGAGCUGCUCAGAGCAGUUCCACACCUACCUACCAAGUGGGAUAUCCAGAAACCACUGAUAUAAUAGGGUUUAAUUUAGGUACAGACCAAAAGGCCAGGCCACCCUCAAGUUGUGUUUGCCUGUGUGUUUUGCUUUUAAAACAGCCAUUUUUCCUAGAGUAGCCUGAAGUGUACCAUAUUUGCAUAGGAACAUGAAGACCUGUGUGCACUUUCUUAGCCUGCAAGCAUUCAGUCCACAUUUCCACCCUCUGAUUAUCAAUAGAUUAAAAGAACUCUUGGAGCUGGUCACAGUAGUCAUCAAGGUAGUCAUCCUCAGUGUGUGAUCUGAGACUAGCUAGAGAGACAUAGUCUGCCCUGCAGUCUUUCUUCCCCCUGAAUCUUUCAGUCCUCCCAUUUUAAUGAGACACACGAGAUAGUUGCCCUAAUUUUUCAUGGAGUAAUUUUUCCUCCCUAGACUACUUCUGUUUUCAAGGUUGUCUGCUAGAGAAUUUAGGCUUGAAUUCCUAUAAGCUUAGUGAGGACUGGACUGGGGCCUUGCAGUUUGUGUGUGAGUGCGUGCAUUGUCAAACCUCGGUGGCUGUGCAGGAGAGGUACAUUGGGACCACCUCCUGUGGCUCUUCCUCAGGGGUGAGCUUCAUGCAAAUCCUCCAGAAGCUCACACACCUCCACAUAAAGUUCUGAGUAGAUUCCAGGCCCCACCUCCUGGAUGGGUAAUUCAGCAUAGAUUUAGUACGAGUUGAUACAAUCAGACAUGUUUUCUUUGGAGAGCUUUUGCAGACAGGCUCUAUGUUUUGGGUUACCAGUCUGAGGUGAGCUACUUCAUGGGCUAUACUGGGAGGCCAGACAGGUAAUUUGGAUUCUUCUCAGGGGUGCCACCUUAGUAAAGAGGUGUUGCAGUACCUAACAGUGAAAUGCCUAAAGCCUUCAUUGAACUAAAACUAAAUCCUGAUUUCAAUAAAGAAGUACUAUUAACAGAUGAAACUUUUCUGUUUCUAUCUACUAACUGGUUCUGUAAAAUAGAAAUCUUCAUUGCAGCAAAAUCAUGUACAGAUUCUGUUUACACUUGAGACUAAGUCAAAAAAGUAAUUGGCAAAAGAAUAAUCUUGUUUGAUCAAAACUGGCUAUGUUAAGCAACAUGGGGAGGAUGUUAGUCAUACCCUACUAACAGCUAAAAAUGUGCAGUUGCUGAUGUAAAUUCUAUCCACAGAAAGUUUCUCUGUAAAUAAACAACCUGGUAAAAUUUGAAGUGAUAAGAAAGAAUAAAUUACUCACAUGAAAGCCAUACCUCUCCUGUGCUGUUUGAUUGGCUCUCAGAGUGCUGUAUCCCAAUUACCACUAUUCAUGAGUGGCUAUUGCUUUUCCUGAUUUACAUCAUGUAUUCCAUUGACUGCUUCAUAAAUGGGUUAGCCUUCAUUAUCAUAAAACUUAACAGUGGUGCUGGUGCCUAGUGUCUGGACUGAUAUGUAGUGUUUUCUGCUGGAAUUAAUCCAGAUCUAGACAGAAUCCUAUCUUUGGACUUUUUUCACAGUAGCAUUGCUCCUGGGAAACUUAAGAAAACACAAGGGGAAACAGUAGUACUGUUGAGCAGUCGUAGUAAAAAGCAUUUUAUUAAUUUGUCUUUUUUCUGUUGUUGUUUUGCAAUCUGAAUUGGUACUGGUUUAGCAGAACAGCUCUGUUUGGCUCUUACCUGAGUAUGAGUCUGAGUACUAUUGUAGCAAAGUAUGUUUUUACCUAUGUCCUGCCUCAGCUCCUGCUCUGAGGUAAUGUAGUGCAAGUUUGUAAUAGUUCCAUGCAUUGACUAGGUUACUGGAACUAUUCUGACUUUAUAGUACUGCUACUAACAGCAGAGAUUGACACACAAGCUCAGUAAAACUGUGUGCUCAGAGUGUGCGAUCACACACGUUUCAUUUGGUUUGGCCUACUGAAUACUGGGAGCUGCUGGAAUGAACCCACUGGUAUUGGGAGUCAGCAGGAGUGCUGGUUUUGGCUGGGGCCAAGUUGAUUUUCUUCACAGUAGCUGCUAUGGGGCUGUGUUUUGGAUUUGUGCUGAAAACAGUGCUGAUAAUAGAGAUGCUGUCGUUGUUGCUGAGCAGUGCUCACACAGAGACAAAGCCUUUUCUGCUCCUCACCCCACCCCACCAGCAAGGAGGCUGGUGGUGCACAAGAGCUUUGGAGGGGACACAUCUGGGACAGCUGACCACAGGUAUAUUGCAGACCAUUUGUUGCCAUGCUCAGCAUAUAAAGCUGGGAGAAGAAAAAGCAAGGGAGGACAUUUGGAGUGAUGGGGUUUGUCUUCCUAAGUCACCCCUAUGUGUGUUGGAGCACUGCUUCCCUGGGGAUGGCUGAACACCUACCUGCCCAUGAGCAGCAGUGUAUGAAUUCCUUGUUCUGCUUUGCUUGCAGAUGCAGCUUUUGCUUUGGUUAUUAAACUGUCUUUUUCAACCCAUGAGUUUUCUCGAUUUCCCCCUUCUGAUUCUCUCCCCAAAUCACUGGGAGGAGUGAGUGAGUGGCUGUGUGGAGCUGAGAUUCUGGCUGGGGCUAAACUGCAACAGCAUACAACUUCGGAGACUAACUUUCAUUAAUUACUCAAAGGAAAGAAAUGGGAGUGAGGGAUGGGAGGGAAGAGAUGAAUUCAGAGUCAAAAGUACCUACUGUAUCUCCAGUUGAAACAAAUAGCAGGGAAGGGAAACCACAGUUGGUAUUUGAGGCAGUGAUGACUAUAGGGCCAGGUUUUUUCCUAAUAUUUCUGGAACCAGUUAGAUUUUUAGCAAUUAUAUUGCUCCUUCUUACCAUUUUACACCUGCAAUGCUUCUCAAACCACCGCAGCAUUUAAUAAGCUAGCUUUUGCAGGAGUCUCUUGCUGCUUUAAAGUCUUAGUGGAUAAACCCUGGACAAAUCUGUGAAAUCAUGAAAUAACAAUGUCAGUGCUGCCACUUUCAACAGAUUAAUGCAAAUUCUUUAGACACUGUUCACAGUUCAGGUGAAUUAUAUGUGUAACUGAUGUAUUAAUAGUUUCAUUUUUGGAUCAUAUAUAGGUAAAGCUUUUUAUGUACUCCCAAUUUAUGUUGUAAUGAAAGAAAUACUUUAAAAAAAGCUUAUGCUCCCCAUUAGGGAUUUCUGGGUAAUUGUUGUUUUUUCUUUGUUAUCCAUCCAAUCAGUAAAUGGUAUUGUAUUUUUUUUAAUAAAGCAAAGACAAAAUUAUACAAUUUAUCAGACAGGCAAAUAUUUAGGAAAUGUUUCUAAGGCUAAGUAAAAAAAGGAAAUUUUCAUUUCACAGUGCCCUGGAUGUUUGGAACUUAAAAUAUUCUGCAGUGAAAGCAUUUUCCUAAAUGCAGAUUAGCAUAUACUCCACUUAACUUUUAUUUCCUUUUUUGUCUUUUUUGUUGUCAGUAUGUUAAAGUGCAUUAUUCAUUUAUUGAAGUUACAUGUAGGUUUUUCCAGGAUACUCUCCUGUAUUAUGUCCCACAUGUCAGAUUUUUGGCUGGUGUAAAUUUACAGCAGUGUAAGUAAAAGCAGAAUCAAAUACAAUUUAAAUUCCCUACUUUGUCUCCUACUUAUUUUCUCAUCAGAUACUUUGCUUGACACUAGAUCAUAUGACCUGUUUGAAAACUCCAGUAUUCAUAGACUACAUGGGGUUGGACUUGAUGUAAUUUCUGUUAAUUCCUUUCCUGUUGCAACAUGCAAGCUUUUUUAUAUUUUCUUAAGAAGAGCUAAAUUCUGCUGCUGAUUAAACCAGGGUAUAUCUGGAAUAGCUCAACCAAACAUCUUAGAUUAUCAGGGUUUUUUUUUUUCCAUUCAGCCCCAGAGUUUUGAGUCUGUUAUAAAAUCACUGGGGACCUCCUUUGGAAAACAAAAAGAAAAGCUCUGAUUGAAUGAGA